AUGGGGAGCCGCCGCGCCGCGCUGCUGCUGCUGCUCCUGCGCUCCGUCAAGCUGCUGCGGCGGCGCUUCCGGCUGCUGCUGGUGCUCGCCGUGGUGUCCGUGGGGCUCUGGACUCUCUAUCUGGAACUGGUGGCGUCGGCCCAGGUCGGCGGGAACCCCCUGAACCGGAGGUAUGGCAGCUGGAGAGAACUGGCCAAGGCUCUAGCCAGCAGGAACAUUCCAGCUGUGGAUCCAAAUCUUCAGUUCUACCAUCCCCAGAGACGAGGCCUCCGGGACCAAGACUUUGAGCGAGGUGGGAGCAGUAACAGCAGCUACCUGCAGUGGAAUAAAGCUGUCCCCUGGCUCUCCGAGUUCCGGGGCCGCGCCAACCUGCAUGUGUUUGAAGACUGGUGUGGCAGCUCCAUCCAGCAGCUCAGGAGAAACCUGCACUUCCCUCUGUACCCCCAUAUCCGCACAACUCUGAGGAAGCUGGCCGUGUCUCCCAAAUGGACCAACUAUGGCCUCCGCAUCUUCGGCUACCUGCACCCCUUCACCGAUGGGCCAAUCCAGUUUGCCAUUGCUGCAGACGACAACGCGGAAUUCUGGCUGAGCCAGGACGACCAGGUGUCAGGUCUUCAGCUACUGGCCAGUGUGGGCAAGGCUGGAAAGGAGUGGACUGCCCCUGGAGAAUUUGGGAAAUUUCAGAGUCAAAUUUCCAAGCCAGUGAGCCUGUCAGCCUCCCGCAGAUACUACUUUGAAGUGCUACACAAGCAGAAUGACGAGGGCACCGACCACGUGGAAGUCGCAUGGCGACGGAAUGACCCUGGAGCCAAGUUCUCCAUCAUUGACUCCUCUUCCCUGUCCCUCUUCACAAACGAGACGUUCCUAAGGAUGGAUGAGGUGGGCCACAUCCCACAGACAGCAGCCAGCCAUGCAGGCUCCCCAGACUCUCGUCCCACAGAUGAGCAGCCCCCCGCUGACAUGCUUCGGCCUGACCCCCGGGACACCCUCUAUCGAGUGCCUCUGAUCUCCAAGUCUCAUCUCCGCCACGUCCUGCCUGAUUGUCCCUACAAACCCAGCUACCUGGUGGAUGGGCUCCCCCUGCAGCGCUACCAGGGCCUCCGGUUUGUUCAUCUGUCCUUUGUUUACCCCAAUGAUUACACUCGCCUGAGCCACAUGGAAACCUAUAACAAAUGCUUCUACCAAGAAAGCACAUUCUACCAGGACAGGUUCAGUUUCCAGGAGUACAUCAAGUUUGACCAGCCUGAGAAGCAGGGGCCGGAGCAGCCAGGUUUUGAGGAAGGCCUUCUGGAAGAGUCCCAGUAUGGAGAGGCAGCGGAGGAGACACCUGUUUCCACUGAGCCAGAGGGAAAACAAGUGCCUACCUCUACCCCUGGGCAGGAUAUCACUGACUACCACCUCCGAAGCCUGCGGAAACUCCUGGCCCGGCCCCAGGAGGGGCUGCCUGCCCCCUCUUCCAAGCAGAACUCUGUAACCCCCUUCCCAGUGAAGACCAGUAACACCCCAGGCCAGCAAGCAGAGAAGAGGGAGAGAAAACCCAGACCUGAGCCCAGCCCAAACCCACCUCAGUCUGCCAAGUGGCCUGGGCACCUGGUGGGGAACCUACCUCAAGUCAAAAGGCCCAGGCCCACUGGGGACAGCCCUAGGAAGACACUAGGGCAGUCCCAGUGGCUUAAUCAAGUUGAGUCAUACAUCGCAGAGCAGAGGAGGGGUGACAGGAUGGAGCCUCCGGCCCCGAGGAGGGGUUGGCCUGGGGAGGAGAAGGUGGUAGCAGCUGCAGGCCAGGACGGGCAGGUGGAGGAAGAGGAAGAGGGUGAAGAAGAGGAAGAGGAAGAAGACGUGAGUGAGGUGUUUGAAUACGUGCCCAUGUUUGACCCAGUGGUAAACUGGGACCAGACCUUCAGUGCACAGAACUUCGACUUACAAGCCUUGCGAACUGACUGGAUUGAUCUGAGCUGUAACACGUCUGGCAACCUGCUGCUUCCAGAGCAGGAGGCUCUCGAGAUCACACGGGUCUUCAUGAAGAAGCUCAACCAGAGGAGCCGGGGGAGAUACCAGCUGCGGCGCAUUGUGAAUGUGGAGAAGCGGCAAGACCAGCUGCGUGGGGGUCGCUACCUCCUGGAGCUUGAGCUGCUGGAGCAAGGCCAGCGCGUGGUGCGGCUCUCUGAGUACGUGUCUGCGCGAGGCUGGCAGGGCAUCGAUCCAGCUGGUGGGGAAGAGGCCGAGGCCCGGAACCUGCAGGGCCUGGUGUGGGGCCCACACAACCGCCAGAGACGUGUCUUGAAUGUCCGGGCCCCAGAGCCCAAGCUGUGCUGGCCCCAGGGCUUCUCCUGGAAUCACCGAGCAGUGGUCCACUUCAUCGUGCCUGUGAAGAACCAGGCGCGCUGGGUGCAGCAGUUCAUCACAGACAUGGAAAAGCUGUUCCAGGCCACCGGUGACCCACACUUCAACAUCAUCAUCACGGACUAUAGCAGUGAGGACAUGGAUGUCGAGAUGGCCCUGAAAAGGUCCAAGCUGCGGAGCUACCAGUACAUGAAACUAAGUGGAAACUUCGAGCGCUCAGCUGGACUUCAGGCUGGCAUAGACCUGGUGAAGGACCCGCACAGCAUCAUCUUCCUCUGUGAUCUCCACAUCCACUUCCCAGCCGGCAUCAUUGACACCAUCCGGAAGCACUGCGUGGAGGGCAAGAUGGCCUUCGCCCCCAUGGUGAUGAGACUUCAUUGUGGGGCCACGCCCCAGUGGCCUGAGGGCUACUGGGAAGUGAAUGGAUUUGGACUGCUUGGCAUCUACAAGUCAGACCUAGAGAGGAUCGGAGGCAUGAACACCAAGGAGUUCCGAGACCGCUGGGGCGGGGAAGACUGGGAGCUGCUGGACAGGAUCCUCCAAGCAGGCCUGGAAGUGGACCGUCUCUCCCUCAGGAACUUCUUCCAUCACUUCCAUUCCAAGCGAGGCAUGUGGAACCGCCGCCAGAUGAAGAUGCCGUGA